AUGCAGACAUUAGAUGAAAAAAGAACAAAUUGCGUAGGACAAAAUCGAUACUGCAAACAAAUCAAAGAAUCUCCUAAUCUUAAAAAAUACUACAAGAACAAUGAGAUAGGUAAGUCAUUUACAGAGCAUUCCAUAAUAAACUCUAUUUCAGAUCAAAUAAAGUUCACUCGGGAACUAUCACAGUUUGGAAUGAGCAGUACAUUCUCCUGCGACCCAGGCAUUCUGGACCACAUUCGGCACCACUAUUUACAAGGAGUUAUCUACAUGACACAUAAGCAUGACGACAUGUUGAUGUUUAAAAAGAUGAAACCGAUACACUUUAUGAUGAAAUACAAAUGGCUGAUUGUGGGCGAUCACGUGCCUGAUGCGUUGCGUAAGAUACGAUAUGACUCCGACGUGGCCUUCCUCGAAUGCAACUCAGUGAUGAAUAAUGGAACAAGAGAUAUUGCAGCGACCCCAGUACAUAUCUACGACGCAUACGUGCAUCCUCGAGAUGGAAUUUCCAUUAACUUUUGGGCUCACUGGACUAAUGCAUCAGGUCUCGUACUGACCCAUGAACGAGAGAGAAUAUUAAGGAGGCUGGAUUUAAAAAGAUAUCCCUUGAAAAUUGCGACUCCUGUAGGACAUUACAGUAGCGAUAAGUACGAUGGCACGUUUGUUGACUUUUUGGAAGACGAGUCUAUCUCAGAUCAGGAUCCCGGUAUUCGCAGUGGCUAUGGAACAUCUAUGCUUCUUACUGAAGUAGUUAAUGCACAAGAUGUCCUAAUAGAGAACGAGCUAUGGGCAGCAAUGAUCAACAACAACAGUAUGUACGUGAUGCUGUCCAUGGGUGAAGCUGAUCUCUCCGGAGGAAUACUACGCAUCCUUUGGGACAGGACCUUUACACUCGACUAUGUUAUGCCCAUUUGGCCUUUCAGAGUGGGGUUCACGUAUCUAGCUGAGCGUGAGAGCAGUAGCAACAUGUACUUGGAGCCAUUCUCUCCAGCGGUCUGGUGGUCCUGUCUCGCUAUGAUGGCUAUUCUUGCUCUAGUUGAAAGGGUCACGUCGAAAACCCCGAGGGAGAAAGAUGGUGCUUUCUAUACUGUGCUCACUACGUGGUUGCAGCAAGAUGCAAGCGCAGUACCAGAAGGCGCAUCAGGCAGAUGGGCCUUCACCGUGUUGUCAGUGAGCGCUAUGUUAGUCCAUGCAUAUUACACCUCAGCCAUAGUCUCUGCUCUGAUGAGCACCGGCCGUGGUGGACCUGACUCCCUCAAGGCACUCGGAGACUCGAAGUACGCGAUAGCUUCCGAAGACUACGAUUAUAUGCGAUAUUUGUUUUUUGAUGUGGAAACAACAUGGGAUGACUUAGAAUACUUGAAAAAGAAGAAAAUGACGUCAAAGUUCUACCAAGAACUGGAACGUGGCGUGGAGCUCAUACAGCAAGGCAGUACUGCCUUCCACAGCGAGUAUAACCAGAUCUACCCGCACUUCAAGACCUUCAGCGAUGAACACAUCUGCAAAUUGCAGCAUGUUGAUACUAUUCCUGAGACUUUAACCUGGAUAACAUCAACAAAGGACGGUCAGUGGACUGAAGUCCUACGUACAGCUGGAGGUUGGUUACUGGAGACUGGCCUAGGGAAGCGUCUAGUAGCAAGGCUGAGGAUCCCUCAACCUCCUUGCAGAGCAUCCCUCCUCGCUGAGAGGGUCAAACUAGGAGACAUCGCACCUCUACUGGUUCUCACUGUAUUUGGUGCUUUACUCUCAGUUGUCUUACUUGGAGUAGAGAUUCUUGUCGCUAAGGCUAAAAAGGCUAGACUACCUGAAGGUGACGCUAAAGUAAGCUUAGAAAACGUUGACGAUAUCCCUGAUAUUGUUGAACAUAGUAAUUAUAUAGAGUAAAAUGUAUUUUGUUGAUAGUAAGUACUAAGUCUUAGAUGUGCUUAGAAUGAAAUGAAUCUUUAUGAAUCUUGUAAGGUUCAAUAUUGCUUGUAGUAUUGCUAAAUAUAGUUGUAGUUUUAUUUUAAGUUUAGCAUAUUAUGUAGAUUUAUUGUAAACACGCUAUUGACUGUCCUUUAGUUUCUUAAUGUAUUCAAAUGUUGUAACUAGUUGAUUAUAAUAGAAUUAUAGAAACAUUACCUAAAAAAAUAAUCUUUAUACUCUAAACAAUAAUUUUAUAUGUAAUUUAAAAAAAAAGUCGAUGUCAUAAAUAAAAAACCGCGUUACAUUAAAAACAUUAAAAGACAUAUUAAACUUUCCUUGAAUACACACAUAUACCUAAUGGAAUAAACCUUAAAAAUAUCAAUAACUAAUUACAUUCCAACUAAUCUAACUAGCAGAUAGGACGCGGAGAGAACACACUUAUCUCGAAAGUCCUUAUCGAGUCACUAUCACAGUCUCAUCAUCAUCACGUUUGCCAUCAGAUUACGAUCUCCAAAUGAUACUUAUAUAUCAUAGUUCUGAUUCAAUCAUCAUCUUGUUGGAUUCUGCAGUAGGUUAGGACUGGAGCCUUCACAAUGUUUAGGCUAUUAAUAAAACUAAGUGCAUUGUCUAUAGGACUUGGCUAUGUAUCCGCUAGCUGUUCUCCACAAUCACAUAUGGCGGCUCUCCAUGAUCGGAUGAACCAAAUGAUCAGCGCUCUCUAUGCCUCUUCUCCGCUGUUAUCAAAGGUGCAGCCGCCUACAACCAGCCCCCCAACUGAUGAGACUCCACCAUCUACAGAGUACACCACAGCACCACCAACGACUACAUACGACCCUUCUUCGUACCUUUACCCCCAAUUGAUAUUCGUGUCCUCUUCUCCUCCAGCUGCUCCCAGUCCUCCAAUACCUUCCAUUCCAGCUCCAGCUCCACGGUACACAUAUGAAGCUAGUCCACCCGCUGAAUAUACUCCAAGUCCGCCACAACCUCCUCGGCCUUUACCAUAUGGUUAUGAUUAUCAGUACCCAGCAUACGCCCCUCCUACGUACCCCCCGCCGUGUACUCCGUAUCCCUACCCUUACCCGACGCAGCAUGAGCAGCCUCCUGCAUACAAACCGUAUCCUGCACCAGCCCCAUCAUCAACCGCUUACAAACCGUAUCCCCCACCGCCCACACCACCAGUUGCUUAUCCGCCCGCUCCCUACCCAGUAGCUGCUCCAUAUCCACCCGCACCCAGUUACUACCCAGCUCCACCACCUUGUCCUCCUUCAUAUCCCCCUCCUCCUGCGUAUCCAGCUCCCCCGACUUACCCCGCAACCUAUCCAAAGUAUGAAAUACCACGUUAUGCAUAAUAUGUAGAAGUAAAAAUGUGUUAAAUUAGGUGUAACUUAGAUAAGUAUUGAAUUAAUAAAUUGUAUUUAUUACAUUUAUGUAUUUUA